CGGCGCGCGGGGAGCGGAGGCGCCGGCGGCCGAUGAGAGCGGCCUGGGCUGCGCUGUCGCUGCUGCUGCUGCCGGCGCUGGGCCGGAGAGCGCUGGCCAUGGCCACCCCCGCCCUGGGGACAUCGGGGACAGCGACGGGGACAGCGACGGGGACAGCGGGGGACACCUGCAGCACCCCCGGGAAUGACACCAGAGGGGACACCGGGGGUGACACCGGGGGUGGCACCGGCAUCUCGGCCGCUUUCGUCACCUGCCCCAACCCCAGCGUGGCCACCGAGCUGGCCAGGGCUCUGGUGACACAGCGUUUGGCCGCCUGCGUGAACAUCGUACCCGGGGUCACCUCGGUGUACACGUGGCAGGGGAAGCUGGAGGAGGACAGCGAGGUCCUGCUGAUGAUCAAGACCCGCAGCUCCCGGGUGCCGGCGCUGAUCGACUUCGUGCGGUCCCACCACCCCUACGAGGUCCCCGAGGUUGUGGCGCUGCCGGUGGCUCAGGGGAACCCCCCGUACCUGCGCUGGGUGGGGGACAGUGUCCCCCCCUGAACCCCAAAUCCCAAAA